AGUUUAUGACACGAGGUGAUCACAUACUUUGUAUCAUGCUGUUUGCUAAGAUGUGUUUGAUAUGAGAAGUUCUACUUCUUUCUGCCAGCUGUUUUGUUUCUUGUUGAUAAUUAUGGCGAAUGCUAUCAAGGACCGUUGUAACCUGAAGGCGAUAAAGGAGCGAAGUCACAGGCUGGAGGACAGUGCCAAGAAACAGAACGAGUACCAGGAGAGAAAACUUUCUAAAUAUAUUCUCGGAAUCGAGAAGGAGCAUGAAGGGAACAUGACGUUGUUGAGGCAGCAGGAGAAGGAGCUGAAGAGGACGGAAGGGAAACUGACAAGACAGCUGCACAGACUGAACCGGCAGAGAGUUGAUGGAGACUACGUGUCGCUCCCUCCUAUAUCUAUGUCUGAAGAUGAAAGUUACGAGCUAUUCGGACAAAGAAAAAGAAAAGUAAUGUCAAGAAAAGCAGACUCAUCUUGGUUCGAUGAUCAAACAAGCCGGGAAUCUGUUAUAAUCCGUCUACUUAACUUUCCCAGCGAAACUGAGAAGGGAGAAAAUGUUCAACAUGAGGACGAAGGCAUGCCAUUACGUAAGAGAAUGCAAGGUCUACUAGCACGGUGAGAGUAAGCAGGAUAAAGCUGCCACCAUUAAUAUUAACUAAUGUUAACGAAGAGGACUGAUUAAUCUUGGCGUGAUGUUUAGUUGUUUUGAAAUCUAGUAUAUAUUCGGUCUUUUUGUGCUUCAUUAGCUAACAUAAAAUAAAUAACAAUCUUUCAAUUUAGCUCAAAUGAGUAACAGUUCAAAGCAGACAUUACUUCCUUACGAUUUUUCCUCGAUGUAUUAAAACUAAAGGAUUCAAACACAUCUCCUUCACAAUUCUCUUUUAUGUUCAUCCGAAAGUCGCCACGACUGUAGCUUCAGUUUGAAUUUUUCCUGAAUUAGAGUUCGUUCCAGUUACCACUCACUAGCUCUUCAGCUGCUUUUUAAGUGUGAGAUACGCCUUUUGCACAAUGGUAUCAUCAUUUCUGUACUGAAGAGCUGCUUUGUAAUACUGUAGAGCUUUUCCUGCGUUACCGGCUUUCUGAUGUUCCCUGGUGUUUUUCGAUAUAAAAUUACUGAUAAAAUAUCUGAAAUUAUUUUGAUAACGUUAUUUUGCAAACGAA